UGAUAGGAACAGCAAUGCGUAAGACUGUUAAAGUGAAUGUGGCAAGACAAGCUACCCAUCCAAUAGUCAGAAAGAUUAUUACAAAACACAAAAAAUUUUUUGCACAUGAUGAAGAAGAAAAAUGUAAAUUAGGAGACGUGGUAAGAAUAGAGGCUUGUAGAAGAUUAAGUAAAAAUAAAAGCUUUACUGUUUCUGAAAUUAUAAG